AUGUCGACGACGGCCUACACUGCGACAAUUGGUUGCUGCCACCCGAUGCCGAUGCCGAAUCCCACGAGCACUUGGAAGCCGAUCCAGACCGCCGAUGGGAUGGAUGGAUUGAGCAGCGUCAGCAAGCCGCCGCCAAUCGACCAUGGGCAGCGUCCUCUUGCCAGACUCGAUGGCACUAACGCCCUGGACGGCCUGGAACCAUAUCAGCAGGUAGUAGAUGAAGAUGAAGAAACUAGCACCCAGACUAAACUGGUAGAGUGUACAGGACUAGAUGGUUCGGAUGCGAAACACGCGCGGAGGCACUGUGGCGUCGUUCUACGCCCAGCGCUGCACGGCAAUAAAGGCCAGGAUGAGGACGCCGAACAGGACGAACAGCGCAAUCACUCUGCCGUCAAGGACUUUGCCCAAUUGUACGAUGGACCUGACGGCUUGCUAUAG